ACUGCAAGGGGCUAUAGAUGCUGGAUCAUUUGGAAAGCCUUGGCCGUCCUGCGCACCGCCCUUACGCACAGUCCUGGAGACGGAUAGGAAACCCCGACGCGGAGCCCGAGCGCCGGCCUUCGCUGCUGCUUGUCCGCGUUAGAGGUGUCGCUAAAGGAUUAAUGAGCCAAAAAGGCACCCAGCUCCUCCUUUAAGGCUCAUUUCGGCGUUUUUUCGGCGAUACGCCUGGACUGCCUUACACCUUCUCCUUUCAUAUUCAUUCCAUUCGAGGAUACCUGUACCUCUACUGAUGGAACAGGGUCACUCCAACGUUCUCCUGCAGCCGCCCAGCACCACCUAACAUUUCCUGGAAGAACGUGUCCAUUGCCUGCUCCCAACAAACAUGGACUGUUUUCCCAUGCUUUAUUUUCUGUCGUCCUUUCCUAAUCUUUUAUCUCCCUGUUCCAUCUGCUGCUCCCACCAGAGACAUCAUGAUUCCUGGUAAUCGAAUGCUGAUGGUCAUUUUAAUAUGCCAAGUCCUGCUGGGAGAGAGCAGCCAUGCUAGUCUGAUACCUGAAGAAGGGAAAAAGAAAGUACCUGGCCUGCAGGGUCGUUCGGCCACUCAGAGCCAUGAACUGUUGCGGGACUUUGAGGCCACGCUGCUGCACAUGUUCGGCCUCAAAAGGCGGCCGCGGCCCAGUCGCUCGGCCACCGUGCCUCACUACCUGCUGGACCUCUAUCGGCUGCAGUCAGGGGAGGCUGAGGAGGCCGGAGAGCAUGACAUUGCCUUUGAGUACCCAGAGAGGUCAGCCAGCCGGGCCAACACUGUGAGGGGUUUCCACCAUGAAGAGCACAUGGAGAGGGUCCAUGAGCUGGACAACAGAGAAUCCACGCCGCUUCGCUUCCUCUUCAACCUCAGCAGCAUCCCAGACGAUGAGCUGCUGUCCUCCGCAGAACUGAGGCUCUACCGCCAUCAGAUCGAUGAGGCCUUGGCCGACUCCCUCUCAGACGGCCACGGGCUUCACCGGAUAAAUGUGUACGAGGUGCUAAAACCACCGCGACCUGGGCAGCUGAUCACGCAGCUUCUGGAUACACGACUCGUGCAACACAACGCGUCGCGCUGGGAGAGCUUUGACGUCAGCCCUGCCGUGCUGCGCUGGACUCGUGAGCGCCUCCCUAAUUACGGACUGGCGGUGGAGGUUCUGCACCUCAACCAGACUCCGCACCACCAGGGCCGACACGUCCGCCUCAGCCGCUCGCUACACCAAGAGCCCGGCGAGGACUGGGAGCAGCUACGCCCUCUCCUGGUCACCUUUGGCCACGAUGGAAAGGGUCACCCGCUGACCCGCCGGACCAAGCGCAGCCCCAAACAACGGGGCCGUAAGCGCAACCGCAACUGCAGGCGCCACGCACUGUAUGUGGACUUCAGCGAUGUAGGCUGGAAUGACUGGAUAGUGGCGCCUCCUGGCUACCAGGCCUAUUACUGCCACGGGGAAUGCCCCUUUCCUCUGGCAGAUCAUCUGAACUCCACCAACCACGCCAUUGUUCAGACACUGGUGAACUCUGUGAACAACAACAUUCCCAAGGCCUGCUGCGUGCCAACAGAGCUCAGCGCCAUCUCCAUGCUCUACCUAGACGAACACGACAAGGUGGUCCUAAAAAACUACCAGGAAAUGGUAGUGGAGGGCUGCGGCUGCCGCUAACACACAAACUUACUAAAACGUGGACAUGGACUUGGGAAAAAAAAAGCAGCAUGGAUGCUAAAACAAAUCAGAAGGUCUUUACUCCCAAAAAAUGUUCACUUGGACCCUUAUUUAUAACUUUUAUGAGGUGUAUGUUUGUCUCACUUUUUUUGUUUCUUUGACAAUAUGAUCAUAUAUUUUGACAAAAUAUAUAUAUUUAUAUCUACAUAUUAAAAAUAAAUUGAGUCCUUAUUUUAAACAUAACAAAGCUGUACAACUUUUCAUAAUGUACAUUAGAUUGUAUAAGUUUUUUUUAUUGAGAAAAUAGUAAAAACACUCUAAAAAGUAAAGUUUAAUGGUAAUAUUUAUUGCUUUCGUAUUAUAUACAGAACAAUAUUUUUUAUAAAAACAUGGAUUGCCUACAGUAACACAUUCAGUCAUAUCACAAAUAUACCCUUUGUGAAUUUUGCGUAAACUAGAGCACUGCGUGAAUUUGUCACCACACAAAAUUUUUAAGGAAUCUGUUAAAACACUUGCAAUAAUUGUGCAUUGGCUCUAGUUAACAAAUUUACAUCAACACCAGCAUUAUCAUUUUAAUAAGGCCUUUAAAGCAAAAUCAUUUUUACCUUAAUAUAAAAUAUCUGUAAUAAGUAUCCACAAUAAGGAGUUACAAGAAUAAAAGCUGACAUUAUUGGUACUACUUUUGUAACAUGAAUUUGAUUUUUAAAAAUAGUUAUUUAUAUCCUGAGGUUUUUUUUUAAUUGUGUUCAAAUCACUUUUUUUACAAAAUGAAAGAGACAAGCAGAGAAGUUUCUCUCAUGUUCUUUCCUUCCAAAAUAAAACAAUGUUUGGGUUAUUAUCUACUAUCACACCAGCUUUGAAUGACGCUACAUUAAAGGAAAACAGUAGAAAUUCUUACCCUGUAAUUCUACGUUUUCUCCAUCGUAUUGUAUAUUUUUUAAUAACAGAAGCUUUUUUAGAAGUGGUAUGCCAUUUCAAAACGAGCAGGCCUUAUUGUUCUCAAAUUUCACUUUUAUGUCAAUUAGGAUAACAUGUGAUGUUGGAUACUCGCUAAUCCAAUUGCAGUCGGGGUGGGUUGUUCAGCCCGACUGUGUAAGAGUGAUUCUAUUGUUCCUGACGUCCCCACAUUGGGGGCAUGAUUGUGGCUGAUGCGUCCUGCCCUCAUACAAGGCGGCUGAGUCCUCAGAAGAAUCAAAGGUUAGACGCUCUGUCUCCUGCCUUUGUCUUCAGCGGCUCAUGCCGGCAGAGCAAAGACGCCUGUCUCCAACCUGUGCCCCAUCACACAAUGGGCUUCUACAUCACUUAUUUACAAGCUGACGGCUGGCCCAAAUUAUAUGAUAAUGUUUAGAGAGAGCGACUCCUUUGAACUGCUGGGGGACGUUGGCUGGGCUUUGUUUUCUCAGACAGUGCCCUGUACAUCAUCGUGAACCACUAUUGUAAAGAUGACAGUGUAGUUGCACUUUUAAAGGCUCUGUAAAGAUUAAAAAUGCAACAUGAAAGUGUUAUCUGUCUCAGGAAAAGACAGACAAAAAGCACAUUUCUCCAUUUCUGCUCAGUCAGAAUUUACCAAAAAUCUUAACUUUAGUUGUAUGAAAUAAAUUACAAAUGACA